AUGCACCGAGGGGUCGGGAUUGGGGUGGCCCUGCCCACCCCGGGGCUGGAAUUGGGGCGUGUCCCCAUCGCCGUGUCCCCCUCCCGCGCAGAGAUCCUGGAGGAGGUGACGAGGAGGACGGAUUCCAGCCGGACUCUGGCGCCCGUCCUCACCCGCCUGGUGGCCCAGCGGCCCUCGGCCCCUCCCCACCUCCCCCUCCUCCAAAGCCUCCUCCAAAGCUUCCUUCCUCGGCCCCCUCGCCCCUCGGGCCCCCUGACCCUCUGUGCCCGCGCCUCGCCCGCAGCCUCGGGGUCUCUCGCUGUCCCCCGCCUGGUCCGCGGCAGGCACGGGGGCCUGGGGCUGGAACCCCCCCAAGGGGCGGCUGGAGGGGCUGCUGGAGCCCCCCCAGGGGCGGCUGGAGGGCUGCUGGAGCCCCCAAGCUCUGCCAUCACCGAGCAGCCCAAGCAGAGGGGGAUGAGGUUCCAUGAGUGCGAGGGGCGCUCGGCCGGCAGCAUCCUGGGCGAGAGCAGCACCGACAGCACCAAGACCCUGCCCACCAUCGAGCUGCUGAACUGCGGAUCCAUCCCCGAGGUGACGGUCACGGCGUGCCUGGUGUGGAAGGAUUGGCCCCACCGCGUCCACCCCCACGGGCUGGUGGGCAAGGACUGCGCCAACGGGCUGUGCCGCGUCGUGCUGCGGCCACUCACCAACCCCAGGCACAGUUUCAGCAACCUGGGCAUCCAGUGCGUGAAGAAGAAGGAGAUCGAGGCGGCCAUCGAGAGGAAGCUGCAGCUGGGCAUCGACCCCUUCAAAGCGGGUUCCCUGAAGAACCACCAGGAGGUCGACAUGAAUGUGGUGAGGAUUUGUUUCCAGGCCUCCUUCCGGGACCCCUCCGGGACCACCCGGCACCUCAGCCCGGUGCUGUCCGAGCCCAUCUUCGACAAGAAAUCCACGAACACGUCGGAGCUGCGGAUCUGCCGCAUGAACAAGGAGAGCGGGCCCUGCACGGGGGAGGAGCUUUACCUGCUCUGCGACAAAGUCCAGAAAGAGGACAUCGCGGUGGUUUUCCGGCGGGAGUCGUGGGAGGCGCGGGCGGAUUUCUCGCAGGCCGACGUGCACCGCCAGGUCGCCAUCGUCUUCAAAACCCCCCCGUACCAGCACCUGGAGCUGCGCGAGCCCGUGGAGGUGGAGGUGUUCCUGCAGCGCCUCACCGACAGCGUCUGCAGCGAGUCCUUCCGAUUCACCUACCUGCCCCGGGACCGCGACGCCUACGGGGUGAACGUGAAGCGCAAGCGGGGCAUGCCCGACGUGCUCGAGGAGCUCUCGGGGGCAGAUCCGUAUGGGAUCGAAGCCAAGAGGAGGAAGAAGCCCCCUGGGUACCUGGAGCACUUCAUCCCUCUGCCAGCAGCAGACGACGCCUUGGGGGCCCCUGACCCCUGGACCCCUGAGCCACCUCUACGUCCCUUCCCGGGCCCUCCCCCGGGGCUCCCCCGCUCUUCCCGCCGCCGGAAUUCCCGGAAUUCCCACCUUUCCCGGGCCCGGAGCUGCUCCUGGAACCUUCCUUGGGCCCCUCCCCCAGUUCCGAGCCCCCUGCGGACCCCCGCCCCCCACGUCCAGCCUG